AUAAGCUUUAACAAAUAAAGAAGUGGCCUUUAACAAAUAAUAUGAAAUGUACACAACAUAAUAAAUUGGAUACAGGUGGUCAGGACAUACAGUUAUCAACACUGACAAUGGCCCGUAAAAUAAAAGACUUAAUUUGUUUGUAGAUGUUGCUCUACACCUCAUUCCCAGCUGAUGUGUUUCAAGUUAUUGUCAGUAUGCUCUACAGAAUGGCACCGUUUAACUAUUACUCUGGUUGGGCUGUGACCUGUUUUUCCAUUGAGGACCAAUUGUUAAUAACAUUAAUGAAGCUACGGCUUAAUUAUCGUGACUUGGACUUGUCGGUACGAUUUGCAACAAGCAGGGCAACUGUGUCAAAUAUCAUUAACACUUAUGUUUCAGUCUUGCAUGAAAUCUUCUUUGACAGCAUUCUUAAGGAAAAAGGUAUUCCGAGUCAGAUUAAGUGCAAAGGAUCAAUGCCCAAGUCCUUUGAAGAUGUCGCAUCAGCUCGAAUAGCUAUGGAUGCUACCGAGAUUAUUCAAGAUGUGCCAUCUGACAUGAACUCACAGUCCUUGUCUUACAGUAGUUAUAAGAGCAGACAUACUGUCAAGGCAGUUACAUGUGUUUCACCCAAUGGUGCACUUGUGUUCUCAUCUGACUUGUACCCUGGUUCAACUUCAGAUGCAGCCAUCGUUGAUCAUUGUGGAGUGUUGCAGCAGCUAAAAGCCGGAGAUCUCAUAUUAGCCGAUAAAGGUUUCAACAUCUACGACAAACUUCCUUCUGGUGUCUCCUUGAAUAUUCCACCAUUUCUUUCACAAAAAGCACACUUCACCAAGGAGGAGGCAGCAUUAUGCUACAAGAUAGGAAAAGCCAGGAUUCAUGUCGAGAGAGCAAAUGAGCGCAUCAAAAACUAUGAGAUUCUUAAUCACAUUCCAGCUCAGUAUCGACACAUGUCUACUAAAAUAUUUCAGUUAUGCUGUUGUCUCGUAAACAUUCAGGCACCACUUCUCAAGGAAAUUUCAGAUAAAUACGAAAUUUAAAUAAUUAUGCUAUUAAAGAUAUUAGAAAUGUUUCAACUUGACAAGUAGUAUUGUUCUUUUAUUUACAGAUGUAAAGAAAAACCAA